CUCCAGGGGUGUUCAAACGUUUUGCCACGGGCAAACACAAAAUUUAAUCUUUUGUGGUUCGUUUGCAUCCAAAUGCAAAAACAAUAAAUGCAAAAUAUUUUUAAUGAAGUGUAGCAGCCUCAAUUCUAAAUGGAAAUAAUCUGUAAAUCAUUGUAGAUUAAAAACAUAGAACAAGGUCUGUUUUAAAAUUUAAAAAAUUCUGAAUAUUUGUAGGUUCGUUUAUUUAAACAUAUUCACUGCAAUAAAAAAUCUCCUAAUACACAACAAUUACUGGAGACAAAAUCAAAUCUUGCUACAGUGAAGCCUCAGUGAAGUUGGUCCCCCACCUUCUUCAAAUCAGACAAAAUUGGUGUCAAACGGUUGUGCUGGUUUGUGCAGCAAAAAUUUUCGUUUGUGCCGCUAUCAUUUCAAAGAUAUUAAGAGAUGUUCCCAGAGGUCAUGAAAGGUCAACCAGCCCCCCCCGCCCCCCCAUUACCUUCGUCAAAUCAGACAAAAUUGGUGUCAAUCAACUCGACUACGUUUGUGCAGCAAAAGGUUUUAUUUGUGCUGCUUUGGCUUUGAAGAUAUUGAUGAAAGAUUAAAGGUAAUUUUGAUUUAGUGAAAGUGUGUGUGUGUGGGGGGGGUAGAGGCUGGUUGACCUUUAAUCUUUCAUUAAUAUCUUCAAAGCCAAAGCAGCACAAACAAAAGUGUUUGCUGCACAAAGGUAGUUGAGUUGACUGACACCAAUAAUGUCGGAUUUGAAGAAGGUAGGGGGGCCGACUUCACCGAGGUGUUGACAUAUGACACUACCCACAUUUCUCAUGGUUUUUCUUUUCACUUGAAUUUCCCUCCAUGCCUGCAGUGAUUGCUGUACUUGUGCCCAUGCAUUUCGUUGUCUCCUUUCACGAAUGAAUAACUCCAUAGAGGGGAACUUACAAAAAUCUUGAAAAGGCCCCAUUGAGAGCAUUUUUUAAAAAGCUCAGCGUGAACCAAGUACUAAGUGACAACGAGAGUAAAAGACUUUAACUCUCAGAGGGGAGAGCGUCCUUCAUAAAAACCUCCAUCUAUUGACAAACCCAUCCUAUGUGCGGACAGUGCAACAGUCCAUAACUGCUGAUAACACUGAGGUUGUUGUCUUCAAAGCGAGGUGCAGUUAGUUUUGCCUGUCAAACAAAUGUAGGCCAAACAGUUUUGUCACAGUCUCAUCUGAUCAGAAUGAAUAAAUCAUUUCAAUAAUUCAAUCUGAAUCGUGCAUGUGUAUUGGUACAGUGUUUUACUCGGCUCCUGCGCCAUAAAGUUUUGCCCAUUUUCCCAUGUUUCUGCUCUGAUGAAUUAUAAUUGAGCCUUUUGGUUUCUUCUCUGAAAUGAGCUCUCAGUUUCUCUGGGUGCCCAUGUUUUAUGAGGUUUUUAGCCGUAGCGUACAUUCCUCCUAUUAUCAGAUGUUAAAACAAACGUGUUCUACAGCAGCGUUUUCAUUAAAUACGUGCGCAAAAACUUUGUCAAUGUGACGCUAACGUAAAACAAAACAAAACAUUUUGCAGUUGCGGCGUGUAAAUAAGAAAUGUAAUUAAGUUCAUUCACGCAAUAAGUCAUUGAAGAAACUUGAUCCUCCAAUUACUUCCUGUCGUCUGGUUGUUAAUCAUGUGUCCCGUGUGACGUGGGGGAACGUGUUUCCAUAGCAGUUUUGCUAAAUUCACCAAUUACGAUUUGGCCCCCCAACAAAACCAAACACCUCAUGGUAGUGUGAGCACCAGAACAUUUUAUUGAAAAGCAAAAUUGGUGUGUUUCCCUUAAUUUAUUCACUGUCAGCCUGUCAGUCUAGCUGGAAAGCCGUGUGUUGGUUAGUUGGUCUUUCGAACUCUUUUCAUUUUUAGACUCUGGUCUGUGAGGCUCAAGUUGCCGGUUUAUAACCUGAACUGUUUUAAUCUUCUCGUCAACUUAAUCCCUGAUCUCUCUGCUGUGUUUCAACACACUUUUCAGAAGAAGAAGAAGUUGGAACUUGCUACGAGGUGCCAUGUUUCUCCAGCCGUUCCUCUCUGGUUGAUGUGAAUAUGAAGCUGGGAAAAAGGCACUUUGUGGAAAUGUCCGCUUGUCAAAAACCUCACAUUUUCCAGCGCUUCCCUCAUUAUCGCUGUGGAGUGUUUACAGUGUCUUCAUUAGCCGACAGCCUCCAGAUGAUAACGGAGCUUUAAAAGGGCAUCAAUGAUGGUGAUAAGCAGGCCAAGCUACUUUUUUUUUUUUUUUUCCGGUUGACGCCAGUCCCUCUGUUUACUCUUGGAGCAUGGGAGCGGAUAACAAGACCGUCAUUCUUGCGCUGGGGAACGCCGUUUUCAACCUUUCCAACCGCAAACUCUCAUUUCAGAGGCUAAAGUCGUCGCCCGCUAAGACUCUUUUAUCAAGAUGAAGAUAUCCGGGACCUUCCUGCUCCAGACGUGCGCGACUCUGGUGGUCUCCAUCGCCUCCUGCACCUGCAAGCCUCUCAGUAACAACUCCCAAAGCGAAGAUCUGGAGAGGCUCUACUUGGAGCUGUCGGAGGACGUGUUGGAGAAUGAAGACAAGGAGUCACAAAUGGACUUUUUGGAAAGCAUGAAGGAAGGUUUCCUGAGGCAACUCAACCUUUCGGACGUUCCACAGGAGGAUCGCAAGAUCUCGCCCUCUCAGUUCAUGGUGGAGCUGUACAACAAGUACUCCUCAAACCGGUCGGCGGUCCCUCAGUUUGAUGUCAUACGAAGCUUCGCCGUCCAAGAUGUCAUGACAAUCGGCCCAAAGUCAAGGUUCCGGCUGCAGUUCAACGUCAGCAUCCCGAACCACGAGCAGAUCAUCACCGCUGAGCUGCAGCUCUUCUUCUUCCCACAUACCGGGUCAAAUGUCACGUCGCAGAGUUUCAAAACCGCAGUCAAAGUCCACGAAGCGAACGGCGACAACUCCACCUCGCCUUCGCGCCCGCUGGACAGCGCAUGCGUGUCGGCCUCGCAGAGCACAUGGGCCACGUUCGAUGUGACGGCAGCCAUUCGGAGCGGGAUUGGGUCGGACCGUGGCGCCACAGCGCUCGACGUGGCGGUGGACAGGGAGGACUGCGACGGAGCAGAGGAGGGAGCGGGCUGUCUGAACAUGAGCGCGUCUGUCGGGGACGAUUCCGCAGCCGCUUUAAUAAUCUUCUCGGACGACUUUAACAGCAGGAGGACGGAGAGAAAGAGAGAGCUCAGAGAGAUGGCCCUCCGCGAGGAAGACCCUUUCCUUCACACGGGGGCCGACUGGGACAGAGGCCGUCGGGCGCCGCGCGAGACCCCCCGCGCUCGGCGCCCGCGGCGAACAAAACGCAAGGCGGACGGGGAGUACUGCCGCAGAACCUCGCUCAGGGUCAGCUUCAAAGACAUCGGCUGGAACAGCUGGAUCGUGGCGCCCCCGGAGUACGACGCCUUCGAGUGCCGUGGGAUGUGUUCCUACCCGCUGACGGACGAGUCCACCCCGUCGAGGCACGCCAUCAUCCAGACGCUGCUGAACCUCAGGGACCCCAAGAAGGCCAACAUGGCCUGCUGCGUGCCCAUAAAACUGGACCCCAUAACGGUCAUGUACAAGGAGAACGGGCGCAUCACUAUCAGAUACCUUUAUGAGGAAAUGAAGGUGGCGGAGUGCGGUUGCAGGUAGUCGGAAAAGAGUCGGGGUAAAGCAGGUGGAAGAGGUGAAUUGUUUUUGUGUUUUAAACACAGUUUAUGCCAGAAAGGUUAAAGGUUAAGCAGCUGUUGACUUGUGCUUACCCUAAGAGGCAUGUUAAAGUAUUCUCUAUCAACACAAUAACAUGUAAAGUAGCAUUGAAAUAGGAGACAUGUGGCUUUAUCAGCCGCUCAAGCUGCAUUUUCUUUUGAAUAUUUUUGAUUUUCUCUACAAAAAUAUCCACAAAUACUGAACCACAAACAGAAGGGUUCCCACUGUAAUGUCUUCAACAUUCCUUUAAUUAAGGGAUUGCACUUUCAGCGUCGCCAUUACCUUAUUGUUAAAUUCAAAUAAAGAAUUAUUGUUGGUAAGUAAUUAUUUUCUGGCAUUUGAAAUGACACCAACUUGCAGGAAACCAAAAUACAGACACUUUUUGCAUGAAGUACCUCAGACUUGUCAAUUGUGUAUAACAAUAUUGUCCUCAUGCCUGUUGACAAAAAAAAAAAUCCCCAGAGGAUGAUUAUGCCAGUAACCAUGUUUCACUGAGCAGGUGAUGUUUUUCCAGGAUUCUGUGUAAAGUUUUUACCCCACACAUGGACCAUAGAUUUAGGUAGAACAUUGUAUAUCUACAUUGAACAGUGGUCACAAUGUUCACAGCUCAGGACUUUAAUCUGGAACCUAACCCUUAAGUUUUGAACCUGAGCUUCCUCCCUGUCCUUGAUGCCGUUUGUUCUCUAACAAAACACUGAGGCCAGAAACAGAAAUGGAUUUACACUGAGAUUAAAUCACACACAGUGGACUCCAUUUACUAAAUAGGUAGUUUAUGGUGGUCUGUAACAUAAAAAUCUCAAAAUACAUUAAAGUUUGUGACUUUGAUGUGUCAAAAUGUGAAAAGUUUCCAGAGGUAUGAAUAUGUUCUCAUUUGUAGGGUUUAAUCUGAGGUUGUAGUUAAAAUCGGACAAGAAUCCUAUUUUUUUUUACCAGCUUCUAGUAAAAGCUUAUAGUAGCAAUAAUAAAGCGAAAGGAUAAAUACUGAAUAACUGAUUUUUAGGCAUCAUAACGGCUCAAUUUGUACAUUAACUGGUAAAUAAAAACGGGUUUAAUAGUAAUAUGUACUUUAUCAAUAGCCUGUAAAUAACUGCUUCCACGUAUUUGAAUAAGUUAUGCUAUACAUGGAUGAUGGAUGCUUGUCUCUAAUCGAUUAUAUCGAUAAAAUUACACAGUUUUGCUGCAAAAUUCCCCUAAAUUUGUAUUGAGUCUUCAACCUCAUUUUCUGCUUCACAUGUCAUGACUUUUAC